AUGGCAGCGGAUGGCACUUUAACAUAUGCCGAACUAGACGCUGUGUCCUCAAAAUUAGCACGUCAUCUCCAAAGCUUGGGAGUAACGUCUGGCAAACUCAUCCCGGUGUGUUUCAACAAAUCUGUAUGGGCUAUCGUAGCCAUGCUUGCUAUCAACAAAGCCGGUGCGGGAUUCGUACCUUUGGACGCGGCGCAGCCAUUGAGUCGCCUGAAACUCAUUAUGAAUCAACUCGAUCGUCCCCCCGUUGGGCUUACUUCGCCUCAGAACCAAAAACUUAUGGACCAGUUGAUCACACCCACAUUGGCAGUGGACUCCCAAUCAAUCUCCGCACUCCCCAGGAGAGCAGCAGAUGAGACAAUCCAAGGGGCCGAUCAAUGGCCAGCUAUCCCAACAGCACCUUCAUAUUGCUUCUUCACGUCUGGCAGUACAGGGGAGCCCAAGGGAUGUCUUGUGGAUCACGCGGCGCUGGCGAGCGUGGAAACUCAAUGCAAAGCCCUGCAUUUAGACUCGAACAGCAGGGUCCUCCAGUUUGCCUCUUUCAGCUUCGGCGUCUCCUUGAUUGAGAUUUGGUGCACACUUCUCGCCGGUGGCACAGUGUGCAUGCCAUCCGACUCCGACCGAGUCAGUAAUCUGGCGGAUGCGAUCCGCUCAAUGGGUAUGAACUGGGCUUUUGUAACACCCACAGUUCUAUCGACCAUCGAUCCAGAAAGUGUUCCAGGUCUACAAACCAUUCUGGUGGCCGGUGAACCGCUGAAGAAAGCUCAGAUAUCGCUCUGGGCGGAUCGCACUCACCUAUUCCAAGCUUACGGUUUCACUGAAUGGGCUGGGGUCUGCUGUGUCUCGCCGCAGAUUCACUCCGUCGCCGGUCUUGGUAUCAUUGGAACUCCAGCCAACGCCCGUUGCUGGUUGAUCGAGCCAGAUAAUCCGCAUCGAAUUGCCCCAAUUGGUGUGGUGGCUGAGGUAUUCGUCGAAGGCCCCAGCCUUGCACAGGGCUACUUGAAUAACCCCAAAGGGACAGCGCUAGGAUUUUUGGAAGCGCCGGCCUGGAGACAACAUGAACUACAGGUCGAUCAAGCAGACUAUGGGGAUACCGCAGGUGUCCGCUGCUAUAAAACCGGUGACUUGGCCUACUAUGAUUCGAACGGCCUUCUCCGGUAUGUGAGCCGCCGGGAUCGACAGGUGAAGGUGCGUGGACAACGGAUUGAUCUAGGAGAGCCUGAGUUCCACAUCACUCAAGCAUCGCCGCUUUUCCGAAAGGCCGUAAUCGAUGCCAUUGAGCCUGCCGAUGGCAAUGGAGUCGCCGGCCUCGUUGCCUUUGUGGAAAUACCCUCAUCAACGAUAACCCCAGAAAAUCCCGAUCCUGGUGACGCGUUCUUCAAAAUGCCAGACCGAGAAUUCGUUGAAAACGCCCAGCGGUCGAUCGAGAUUCUCGAGCAAAAAUUGCCGGAUGUUGUGAUCCCACGUCUAUUUUUGCAGAUCAGCCAUAUGCCACUCACUGUAACGGGCAAAAUCGAUCGUCUUCGACUGCGAAAAGAGGCAGAACAACUUCGCCUCGAGGACUUGUUGGUUUGGAGCGGUGUGACGACCGGUGCGGUAGAGGUUCCGCAGACUGUGGACGAGAUUCUCAUCCAUCAGAUCGUUGUCGAGUUGUUGAGUCUUUCCCCGACACAGGUGGGCAUGGAGCAUAGCUUCUUUGCCCUCGGUGGAGACUCGGUAAAGGCGAUGAAGAUGGUGUCUCGAGCCAGAGCAGCCGGGCUCGAGCUGAAAACAACACAUAUCUUCGCCGUGGCCAAUCUACGUGAAUUGGCCCGCAUCGCAGCCGAGCUUGGGGACCCUCCGUCGAAUCGGGCUAGCUCCAGCGAGCCUUUUGACUUGGUGGAUGCUCAAUCGAAACAAGCUCUGAUCUCGAAUGCAGCCUUGCUGUGCGGUGUUGAGGAAACUCAGAUUGAAAAUAUGUAUCCUUGUACCCCGCUGCAAGAAGGAAUGAUGGCGUUGUCUAUGGAGAAGCCAGGAGCAUACAUCGCUCGCUUUGUUCACCGAUUACAGCCUCACGUGGACCUUGCUUCCUUCCGCCGUGCGUGGGAAGCAGUCUUUCAGGCCAGCCCUAUCCUCCGGACAAGGUUGGUCACGCAGCCAGAUAGCAACAGCAUGUUUCAGGUGGUUCUGCGAGAAGAUUUCCAAUGGGACGACACAAGGAAUAUGGCAACCUGGGACACGUAUAUGAAGCCACACCCGACGGACAAGCUCCUCCUCGGAUCCCCGCUUGUUCACGCAGGAAUUCUAGCCGGAUCAGACAGCUCCACAUUCGACUGCGAUACGUCCGCGAACUACUUUAUAGUGAUGAUGCAUCAUUCGAUCUGUGACCGCUGGUCUUACGGCCUGAUGAUGGACAUGUUGGAGAAGUCAUACGCGGGAGAGGCUCUUGUCAUGAAUUCUCCGGCUCCCUUCAUCAAAUACCUCUCUGGGCAAUUGUCAGACUCCGGCAGCGAGACAUACUGGAGAUCCCGUUUUGAAGGAAACUCUGGAGAGGUUUUCCCUGCUCUACCAUCCUCGACAUACACUCCAGUCCCCUCAUCUCGAUUGCAGAUCUCCAUUCCUUGCCCCCGCGAUGUUCCCAGUGGCCACACAAUGUCCAACGUGAUCAGAUUGGCAUGGGCCAUGGUAGUCAGCCAUUACACUAGCUCCCCUGAUGUCGUUUUCGGCGUCACCGUGUCCGGCCGAGCGGCCCCUGUGGCUGACAUCGACAAAAUGGUUGCUCCAACCGUGGCAACAAUACCACUUCGCGUACUGCUAAGCUCUAAGGACACCAUUCGAACCGCACUGGAUAGAAUCCACAAGCAAUCCAAUGAAAUGGUUCCCUUUGAGCAAUUCGGUCUCCAGCGAAUCCGCAAGGUCAGCUCAGAAGCGGCCGAUGGAUGCGGCUUCCAAAGCAAGCUCAUUGUUCAGCCACGAUGGGCUGACGAGCAUCGUCCAUUGCUGGAGACCCUGGAAGCCGGAUCUUCUGUGGCCGGUGGAUUCUCCAGUUGGGCACUCUCGGUCAGUUGCAGCCUGACAGACUCAAGGAAGGUGGAUGUAACCAUGGAAUUCGAUCAACUGGUCCUUUCAGCUCCCAAGGUGAAACGAAUCAGUCAGCACUUCGAGCAGACAUUACAAUUCCUUCUCAAAGAACCUUCCCUUCCGCUCGAAGAGGUCCCAUACCUAAGCUCGAUGGACUUGAAGGAACUACGCCAGUGGGAUGAGCCAAUGACACAGGCACAAGAAUGCCAUGAAUGUGUACACGAACUCAUACAAAGGCGCUGCCUGGAGCGACCUACAGCUGAUGCUGUCUGGUCCUGGGAUGGGAAGCUCACAUACGCCGAGCUGGACCAGGUAUCUACCCGCUUGGCCGCUCAUUUGAUUGAAACUUGCGGAGUGAAGACCGGUCUGAUUGUGCCCAUCUGCAUGGAGAAGACCCUAUGGACGACCGUCGCCAUCUUGGCAAUCAUCAAGACAGGUGGUGCCUUCGUCCUUCUGAACCCAUCCCUGCCCUCUUUACGUCUGACUUGGAUCUGUGAUCGGGUCCAAUCGGUAUGUAUCAUCACAUCUCCAUCUAAGCUCGAAUUGGCCCAGACUUUGGCGCCGGUCGCAAUCGGCGCCGGUCACGAUCAAUCGGAGAAGUGGCCUCUCGCGGACGCAUACACCCCGAUGGCAGCCGUUCAGGAGUCAUCCAUACUAUAUGUUGCGUUUACCUCUGGGUCGACUGGUGUUCCAAAGGGUGCCGUUCUGGAUCACAGGGCGUUUCGUACUAGUGCCCUGGCUCUGAAUGCUGCUACGCGUUUGACUUGUGAAUCUCGCAUGCUCCAGCUCUCUAGCUAUUCCUUUGACGCUUGUAUCAUGGAUACAUUGGGCGCAUUGAUAGCCGGAGCUUGCCUGUGCGUAUUGUCAGACCAUGAAGUCCAAAACGAGCUGGUGAUAGCAGGAAGCAGGUUCCUCCUGACCCAUGCCCAUACCACACCGUCAAUGGCCCGGCACAUCUUACGCAGUAAGCCAGAUUUCACCGAGGUUCUAAUCAGUGGGGGUGAGCCUCUUACGCCCACUGAUGUGGCCGACUGGGCUGGCAACCCGACAUGUCGAGUGAUGAAUGCUUAUGGACCGGCCGAGUGUGCGGUACUUGCCACGAUUCAGUCUUUCACAACGGCUACAAAGCCCCAGAACGUCGGUUUCCCUCUCUCUGGGGUCUGUUGUUUUGUAGCUCACCCAGAUAACCACAAUAUUCUCCUGCCCAUCGGGGCAGUUGGAGAACUCCUUGUGGAAGGCCCCACUGUCGGACUCGGCUACGUGGGCGAUGAAGCCCAAACCAAGAAGGCAUUCCUUUUGUCCCCACCUGCCUGGAUGCGCCUGUUACGCCCAGAAGGGCCGUAUGGUCGGAUCUACAAAACAGGAGAUCUCGUGCGACACAAUGAUGACGGCUCAUUGCAGUACGUUGGCCGCCGUGAUACUCAAGUCAAAUUACGUGGGCAACGCAUCGAGUUGGGAGAGGUGGAGAAUCAUGUCCGUCAAGCUUGGCCGAAUAUCGACCAAGUUGCUGUCGAGAUGACUACCUUGAAAAUCGCUUCUUCUUCUCCUACCACCCAGAGCCUGGUCGCUUUUAUCCUGAUGACCGAUGUCGCUGCGAAUUCAAUCAACGGAACCAGUGAUGAUGACCUUUCUCUCGCUGAAUAUCCGUCAUCUUCGUUCCAAAAUCAAGCCGCAGAUACACAUGCCAAGCUCCAGGACAGAAUGCCGCUGUACAUGGUUCCUGAAAUAUUCGUGCCCCUUCGCUACUUACCCAAGUCUGCAUCUGGAAAGCUGGAUCGACGCCGACUCCGUGGAAUAGUGGAAGGUUGUGCCCCGGAAGAGCUCGCCUUGUAUCGCCUAGACUCAGUGAAGGUUUCGAUCAGAGCUCCUACGACUGAUGCAGAGCAAAAGUUCCACAAUGUCUGGGCUCACGUCUUGAACCGACCACCGGACGAGUUUGGCGUGGAUGAUAAUUUCUAUCAUAUGGGAGGUGAUUCUAUCACUGCUAUGCAGAUAGUGGCACAGGCGCGACUCAAAGGCCUUCGAGUGUCUUCCGACGAGAUCUUGCGGCACAAGACCAUUUCCCAAAUUGUGCUCCAUUCGGAGCAUUCAAUGGCCGGGCUGCCAAUCGAUUGCGAAAGCCAGCUGCAGGACGAGGAUGAAGCAAUUGGCACUUGGUUCGAUCUCUCGCCCAUCCAGCAAAUGUUUGUAGACCAGCAACCCGAAGGGGCAAACAUCAAUCGGUUCAAUCAGACCUUUUUACUUCGUGUCAAGCAACCCAUUGCACUGGAGGCAUUGCAAGCCGCGUUGGGCAACAUUCAAGCGAGACAUCACAUGCUGCGAGCCCAAUUUGCAAGUUUGUCUGAUAAUGGCCGGUGGAUGCAGAAGAUAUUGCCGGCUGGCCUGGGAGAGGACGGGCAAUGGACACAAUGUUAUUGCACAUGCGAUCGGGUUCAGUCUCGUUCUGACCUCGAGGCCGUCGCAACAGCAGCCACGCAGUUGAUUGACGUGGAGAAAGGACCUCUCAGCGUGGUGAAUUUGGUCGACGUUAUGGAAGACCACUCGCAAUUGAUUUUCCUCGCGAUUCAUCAUCUCGUGAUUGACCUUGUUUCGUGGCGCGUGAUCCUCGCUGAUCUGAAUACUUUGCUUGCGGGCGAAACUCUACCAGAGAACACGGACUCAAUUUCCUUCCAGUCAUGGUGUCGACGCCAAGCCCAGUAUGCACAGCAAUCACUGUCCCCUCAAGCCGUGCUCCCUUGCGCCUUACCACAGAGUUACCACGAGGACAAGCGGGAUUUCUGGCUCGUGUCUCCCCAUCAGUCCAACUGUAUGGGAGAUACACAGCUUCAGAGUUUCACUCUGGACCAAAAGAGCACACGAUUACUGUUCAAGGCAGCUCAAAUCGCCUAUGAUUGCCAACCGGUUGAGGUGUUGCAUGCCGGCCUGUUGUUCUCAUUCUUGGAAACAUUCCGCACCCGCGAUGCUCCCAUUGUAUUCAACGAGAGCCACGGCAGGGAGUCUUGGAACUCCACGAUUAAUCUCGGACAGACUGUGGGUUGGUUCACCACGUUCUGGCCAGUGUUGAUGUCGGCGGACCUGAAGCACGAUCGUCACAGUUUCCAUCGUGUGUUACGGCUGGUCAAGGAUGCCCGGCGAAGUGUCCCACACAACGGGUGGGCGUACUUCACAUCUCUCUACCUUAACACGGAAGGUCGAAGCAUGUUCCACCAUCCACAGCCGAUGGAGAUUAUCUUCAACUAUGCUGGAGAAUUCCAACAAUUGGAGCGGGCGAAUGCAAUGUUCAACUCGGUGUCCCAUGAGUCUCAAGGCGCUUUAGACGCCGGCAAUGAUAUCCAACGAUUUGGCAUCUUUGAAGUCUUUGUGUCUGUGCAAAAUGGCUCGCUGCGGAUUCAGUGUGUCUACCCUCGCGAUAUCCAACAUGAAGAUCAGAUCCAUCAGUGGAUGAAAACGUAUCAAGAGACACUCCAGGUUGCGGCAUCUCAGCUCCAGGCUUUGACCCGGUCCAACACCCAUUCUCGCUACACGUUAUCUGAUUUCCCCUUGCUGCCGUCACUAACUUACCCGGAGCUGCAGGAACUUGCGGUGACCACAUUACCAGCUCUGGGUAUUUCGGUGGAAGAUGUGGCACAGAUUUACCCAUGCUCGCCCAGUCAGCAGGGAAUGCUCAUUGCCCAGGCCAAAGCUGCCAGUAACUACAAUGCCAGUGAGACGUGGGCAGUCUCAACCUCAAUUAAUGGAGAGCGUCGACCAGUCGAUUCACAACGUCUAUAUGCUGCUUGUGUCCAAGUCAUCAAACGCCAUGCUGCGCUACGAACGGUUUUUGUGGAGAGCCCGCGUUCUGGUUCGUACAUGGAACAAGUCGUUCUGCGCGAUGUGAAACCGGAGAUUGUUCUCAACCACACAAGCUUGUCAGCGUCCGAUCCUCCUCUUCCAGGCUCGAUGUCAGAUGGUUGGCACAAGGGGGAAUUAAUGCACCACAUGAGCCUGUGCACCCGGAAAAUUGACGGACAGGAAGAAGUUAUGCUCCGCAUUGACAUAAGCCAUGCGAUCAUCGAUCAAAUGACCAUGCAGAUCAUACAGCGCGAUCUGGGUCUGGCAUAUGAUGGUAAGCUUUUCCCAGGGACCGGUCCCCUCUUCAGUGAGUAUGUGAGCUAUAUUGAGCGACAAGAUGGAGAAACCGAUUCUCGCUACUGGCAAAAGUAUCUACAAGGGGUGGAGCCAUGCCUGUUCCCAAGGAUCGGGGGAAAUGAAAACGCCCCUGCGAAUGAAUUCGGCUACGUUUCUCGCAGACUACCCCAGGGCAGCAUGGGAAAUGCCACCAUUGAUACCUUCUGCCGUCAGCACAGUAUCACCAUGUGGAACCUGGCGGCCCUUGCCUGGGCCUUGGUGCUCCGCAGCUUUACUAACUCUGAUCACAUCUGCUUUGGCUAUAUCAAAUCUGGCCGAGAUCUCCCUAUUGAUGGGAUCCAGGAUGCCGUGGGUGCUAUCUUUAACCCUCUCACCUGCCGUGUGUCCUUUGCCGAAGAGUCGACUGUCGAACAUAGUAUUGACAAACUGAAACAAGGGUAUCUGGACAGCCUUCGGCACCAAUGCUUCCCUUUGUCUAAAACCCACCGGCUUGCUGGCAUUUCGGACGGAUUACUGUUCAAUUCAUCUGUUGGAGUUCAGAGUAGUGUCAACCUACGCGAUGCAGCUGGGAGCUUGGAUUUCACGACGCUUGCCAAGGAGGACGGAGCUGAAGAUGAUUUAAUUAUGGAGAUGAUUCCAGGAACCGACAACACCAUACUUGAUCUCCGAUACAAGACUCGUGUCUUAUCUCCAGCGCACGCUUCUACUGUGCUUUUGACAUUCGACAAGGCGAUCCAAUCCAUCCUUACUGCCGACGGCAAUGCCCCAAUCACAUCUGUUGAUAUUCUCAGUGAGGGCGAUUUUGAUCUCAUUUGGGCCAGAAACCAAAAUGUACCUCCUCGUGUGGAGUCAUCCGUUCACCAGAUCAUUCACGAGCGGUAUAUUGAAAAUCCAAACAGUGAGGCUGUUUGUGACACGGAGGGAUCCUUCACCUACCGCGAACUGGAAGUUCUCUCAUCAAGCCUCGCGCGCCAUCUCAUUGUCAACUGCUGUGGUCUGCUUCCUGAUGAAGUGAUUCCGAUAUACAUGACCAAGUCCCGUUGGACACUCGUGGCGAUGCUGGCAGUAUUGAAGGCUGGAGGAACAAUACUCUUGCUCGACACGUCUCAUCCACCACAGCGGAGAAUGGAGAUGUGUGCCGAAGUUGAAGCGCGAACUGUGAUUUCAUCCCCUGAGCACGCGUCCCUUAGCCAGGAUCUUGCAACCAGUGUCGUCCUCCUGGGGCCUAAACACUGUGCAUGGAAUGUGGACUGUCCAGCGAAUGGCGAUGCCAACGACAUCGUUUUGCCCACGGUCCAGCCUGGUGAUGCCAUUUACGUUGUGUUUACUUCGGGGUCCACCGGGAAGCCCAAGGGAGUUAUUAUCGAACAUGGCUCUUACUGUACCGGUGCUCGUGAUCAUAUCAAAGCAUGCGGCCUCACCAGACAUUCUCGAGUGACUCAAUUUGCCUCCUAUGCGUUCGAUAUGAGCUUGAUGGAACAACUCAGUGUUCUUAUGGCAGGAGGCUGUGUUUGCGUGGUCUCUGACGAACAGCGCAAAGACAGCUUCGGUGAGGUUUGCUCCAGACUCAAUGCCAACUUUGCCGGUCUGGUGCCCUCUGUAGCCCGCCUCUUCCGGCCUGAAGACUUGCCUACGAUCCGGACUCUGUAUCUGGCAGGUGAGUGCAUGACACAAACCGAUAUUGCUUCCUGGGCACCCCACGUCCGUUUAAUCAACGUGUAUGGUCCUGCGGAGUGUUCUGCUAUCUCUGUCCUCCAGUCGUCUAUCUGCACGUCCAGCGACCCACGCAACAUUGGACACCCUGUGGGAUGUGUUCCUUGGAUAGUGGACCCAAAUAAUCAUCACAAACUGGUUCCUCCGGGAUCCAUUGGCGAGCUAGUGAUCGAAGGACCGAUCGUCGGCCGUGGAUACAUCAAUCUACCUGAGCAAACCGCACAGGUCUUUGUCGAACCCCCGGCCUGGCUACAGGCAUUGAGACCAACCUCAAUGAAGGGCUCUCAUCUCUACAAGACCGGAGAUCUGGUUCGUUCAAACCACGACGGAUCUCUCCUUAUCCUCGGUCGCAAGGAUCGUCAGGUCAAGCUUCGGGGUCAACGGCUAGAGCUGGCCGAGGUAGAAUUUCACGUGCAACGGUCUUUUGGGGAUGCCGCUCACGAUGUCGUGACUCAGGUCAUUCUACCUGCGGGCAGCACCAAGCCCCAGCUUGUGGCCAUGAUCCUUACUCCGGAAGAGAUUGACCAAACCGAGGAAUCACCAGUCGACGAGCCUCGAAUCUUUGGAGUUCCCAGUGAUAGCUUCGCGACGCAAUUGGCCGCCGCGGAGGUCCGACUACGCCAGCAAAUUCCUGAUUUCAUGGUGCCCUCAGUCUUUGUCCGGGUGGUGCAUAUGCCACGAACACAAUCCGGAAAGGUGGACAUCAAUAGAUUGCGCAAUCUUGCUACAGCAAUGUCUCUGGAAAGCCUGCAGAAGUACCGAGCUCCCGCUUCUUCAUCACUCUCAAACGAAUCACGCCUCUGUGGCGAGGCAGAACACGCGCUGGCAAGAAUUUGGGCAACGCUUCUUGACAUUUCGAUGGAGACAAUCAGCAGAAGCGAUAACUUUUUCUUCCGCGGUGGUCAUUCCAUCGAUGCCAUGAAGACCUCUGCGUUAGGCCGUGCUGCCGGCAUGAGCUUCGGCGUCGCUGACAUCUUUGACCAUCCCAUCCUCUCUGACUUGGCCAAGGUGGCAUUCUCAAAAGAGGCGACCGAACACGUGUCGUGUAAGCCAUUUUCUCUGAGCCCCGUUCAAGAUCCUCAGGCACUUCAUGCAGAUCUUUCUGCAAAGCGGAUUAUCCCCGCCUCGAGCACACUGCAGGAUGUCCUCCCUGCUACCCAGGCUCAGCGUUCGUUUAUCGACAGGGGGACAUUACACUCAUACAAUUGGACAAUCAAAGGGCGCUCGUUGGACAUGGACCGUCUUCGGAAGGCCUGUCAAGCUCUCGCAGAGCGACACAGCAUUCUUCGGACCAGCUUUGUGGAGCAUGACGGACAACUGAUUCAACUCGUCCUAGCUAACUGUGACGUUCAAUUACGCGAGAUCCGGUGUUGGCCAGAUGAGGAUCCCUUGGAUGUAUGCAAAGCGCUGUGGGAUAGCAAAGAUUGUGCCGAUCUGGACUUCGUUAAGGGCUCCAUGCCUGUGAGAUUCACACUGGUCUCGCGUCCAGGAGACGAGCAUGUCAUUCUGACAAUCCAAAUCUCACAUUCCCAGUGGGAUGGAGUGUCUCUUCCACGGCUUUUCGGUGACUUGGCAGCCAUCUACAACGAAACCUCGCUGGCACCCACUUCCCAAUUUGCCGACUACCUUUACCACCGGGCCUCGAGCAUGGCCGACAACGUCAAAGAGAAUCCAACCUUCAGCUUCUGGCGAGAGUAUCUCAGUGGCGCUGAGAUGGCGGUUCCAUUCCCACCCCGCGUGGGGAAGUUGAUUGUGGACCCAGGCGCUGCCGCACAGUCUGAUCAUACGCUGUGGUGUCGCAAGGGAAUCACCCCUCCUCCUUCCGUGCCCUCGGGAGUCACCAUGGCUACACUCGUCAAGGCUGCGGUGGCCUUCUAUCUGUCUCGUAAUCAGAAUCAAACAGACAUUGUCUUCGGCCAUACAGUCAAUGGCCGCAACCUUCCCCUGGAUAACAUCGAAUCUCUCCUGGGGUGCACUCUCAAUUUCGUUCCUCUCAGGAUCACUUUCCCUUCGGGGCCGGCCGAGUGGACAGUUAUGGAUCUUCUCAAUCAUGCACAAAAUCAAUACAUCCGUGCACUCUCCCACGAGCACGUCGAGCUGCGUGAUAUCUUCCAUCACAGCACAGACUGGCCGGCAGAGAGGCCACUGAGUCUAAUUGUACAGCAUCAGAAUAUUGACCUGAAUCAUAAGCUCCCAUUGCAAGGAAACGCUUCAGAUAAUGAAGGAGCGGAUGACAGCGCCCUUGAUGUUCAACUUUCCAGAUUUUCUCGCUUUGAUCCUCUGGAUGAGGUUUGGAUAUUCACUGAGCCUCAUGCGGAUCGAUUGGAGGUCCAAGUCUGUGCCAACAGUCGCGUUUUGCAACAAGCUGAGGCUACAAACCUGGCUGAGAAUGUCGCCGCCAUUAUUGAGAAAUUUUCGGCCAACCCAAUGGCCAAGCUGGCUGAGAUUGCAUUGUAG